CUAGCUAGCUGCUCCAGAUAUCAUAUAUACCAUUCGAGUUCUUUAGCUAGCUUGUUCUAGCAAGUCCCACUUUUAACACAGUUAUUUUCAUUACAUCUGUGUUAUACAUGCGUAAUAUGCAGCCCAACACAGAAAGUGAGGGAGAGAAAGAGCUCACUACCAGAAAAAUGGAGAAUGAUGAGAAAAGUACUACAGCCACAAACUUGGUGCCAGAUGAGUCUGAAGUCAAGUACAGUGGGAUCAAAGCCAUGCCCUAUGUUAUUGGAAAUGAGACUUUUGAGAAGCUAGGAACUAUCGGAGCCUCAACAAACCUGUUGGUCUAUCUCACCACAGUCUUCAACAUGAAAAGCAUCACAGCUACAACUCUCGUCAAUGUCUUUAAUGGCACCAUCAACUUUGCUACGUUGCUGGGAGCCUUCCUCUGCGAUACCUAUUUCGGCCGUUAUAAGACCUUGGGAUUUGCUUGUGUUUCAUCUUUUCUGGGAAUGCUGGUGCUAACUCUAACAGCUGCAAUUGCAAAGCUACAUCCUCCCCACUGUGGGAAAAGUGAGCCAUGCAGUGGCCCAACAUCAUGGCAAAUGGCAUUUCUGUUGAGCGGGCUUGGACUACUAGUUGUUGGAGGUGGCGGGAUUAGACCCUGCAACUUAGCCUUUGGUGCAGACCAGUUUGAUCCCAAUAGUGAGUCAGGGAAGAGAGGUGUUAGUAGCUUCUUCAAUUGGUACUACUUCACCCUCACAUUCGCCGUGAUGGUCUCUUUGACGAUCAUUGUCUAUGUGCAAUCUAAUGUGAGCUGGGCAUGGGGGUUGGCAAUCCCAACAUUUCUCAUGUUCUUGUCAUGCACGAUGUUCUUUUUGGGUUCGAAAAUAUAUGUCAAAGUGAAACCAGAUGGUAGUCCAUUGACGAGUGCAGUGAGGGUUGUAGUGGCCGCGGCCAAGAAGAGGCGAUUGAAGUCACCGGAGCAACCGUGGUUGUCACUUUACAAUGAUAUACCGACAAGCUCUAUCAACUCCGAGAUCCCCUACACUGAUCAAUUCAGAGUCCUGGACAAAGCUGCCAUCAUCACCGAAGAAGACACAAUCAACUUAGACGGAUCAGUAGCAUACCCUUGGAAACUAUGCACAAUGCAAGAAGUAGAACAAGUGAAAUGCCUUGUUAGAGUGAUCCCCAUAUGGUUCUCAUCCCUCAUAUUCUACAUUGCCAUGGUCCAACAACAAACCUCUGUUGUCUUCCAAGCACUUCAAUCCAAUCGGCGCCUCAGCGGCACCAGCUUUGAUAUCCCUGCUGCGAGUUACACAGUGUUCACGAUGCUCACCCUCACACUCUGGAUCCCCCUCUACGACAGAAUCAUUCUUCCAAAACUGCGAAAAGUUACAGGAAUAGAAGGCGGUAUAACCAUGCUUCAAAAGAUGGCGUUUGGGAUGAUACUUACUAUUGUAACAAUGCUGGUCUCUGGCUUAGUUGAAGUGAAGAGAAGAAAUUUGGCCCUGUCUAGUCCCAUAGGAAUGGACACAAGAACAGGUACAAUUUCUUCCAUGUCUGCCUUUUGGCUAAUUCCACAGUUGAGCAUAAUAGGACUCGCCGAGGCAUUUACCAUCAUAUCCACUGUGGAGUUCUACUACAAGCAAUUCCCAGAAAACAUGAGAAGUAUUGGUAGUUCAUUUUUGUUUGUAGGGCUAGCAGGGUCGAAUUACUUGAAUAGUUUCCUGGUGUCGACAGUCCACCGUACCACCAACUGGCUGCCUUCGGAUCUUAACAAGGGGAAGUUGGAUUACUUUUACUACUUAGUUGCUGGGUUGGAGUUCAUAAAUUUGGUCUAUUUUGUGAUAGUUGCUAGGUGGUACAAGUACAAAGGAAGUGGCGGCAGUGUUGCCUCUGAAGUUGGGUUGAAAAAUAUGCAGUCUGAUGAGAACCAUCUUGUUUGAUAGCUUAGACAAUUGUUAUAGUGUAGAAAUCUCCCCUAUAAUGAAAAUGGGUACAUAGAA